AAGCGGCACCACCACUCACCACCACCGGCAUUGGCAUGACGACGCUUCGGGCCUUCACGUGCGAUGAUCUCUUCUGCUUCAACAACAUCAACCUGGACCCGCUGACGGAGACCUACGGGAUCCCGUUCUACCUGCAGUACCUGGCGCACUGGCCUGAGUACUUCAUUGUCGCCGAGGCGCCCGGCGGCGAGCUGAUGGGUUACAUAAUGGGUAAAGCAGAAGGCUCUGUGGCUAGGGAAGAAUGGCAUGGACAUGUUACUGCUCUCUCUGUUGCACCAGAAUUUCGACGGCUGGGUUUGGCUGCUAAACUGAUGGAACUUCUGGAAGAAAUUUCAGAAAAAAAGGGUGGCUUUUUCGUCGAUCUUUUUGUGAGGGUAUCAAACCAGGUUGCAGUAAAUAUGUAUAAGCAGCUAGGCUACAGUGUGUACCGAACAGUACUUGAGUACUACUCUGCUAGCAGUGGAGAGCCAGAUGAAGAUGCUUAUGAUAUGAGAAAAGCUCUUUCCAGAGAUGCAGAGAAGAAAUCAAUUAUACCUCUACCUCAUCCAGUGAGACCAGAAGAUAUUGAAUAACUGUAAGCUGUAGUCCUUGGGCAGCUGAAGAGUGUCAGGUUCCUUCUAUAUCCCUGGCCCCCAAGAACUGAUGGAUGAGCGAUCUUAAAUCUCAAUGUUUUUCCUCAUAAAAUACCAAAAAACAACAUUGAGAAGCUUACUAGUGCAGCUCUGUUGGUAAUGGCUGCGUACUCCUGCACUUACCCCACUAUUUUUCCUUUCAAAUACUGGAAAUUCAGAGACUAUUAAAAUGGAAUUACCUCA